AUGGCAUAUUUGCUCCUAUAUGUUGAUGAUAUUAUAUUAGCUACCUCAUCUCACAAGUUGCGUGCAGGGAUCAUAUCUCAAUUGCAAACUAAGUUCCCUAUGACCAAUUUGGGUCAUCUGAGCUACUUUUUAGGGAUUACGGUGACCCAUACUCCUUCUUAUUUGCUAGUUUCACAGGAGAAGUAUGCACGGGAGGUCUUAGAGCGUGCAGGUUUGGGCCCUUGUAAACCUGCAGCUACUCCAAUUGACACUAAGUCUAAACUUAGUGCAGAUGCAAGUCCACCUUUUCGGGAUCCUACUUUGUAUCGCAGUUUAGCAGGUGCUCUUCGAUGUCAGUUUGCGGACAUUUUCACAAAAGGCCUACCACAAGACUUAUUUUUGGAUUUUAGAUCCAGUCUUAGCGUACGACCUCCUCCUGCUAUGACUGCGGGUGUGUGA